CACCUAAUAGCCAGGUUUCCCUCUCACAGCGCACCCUCAUGCUGCGUAGAACUCUACUUGCCGCUUGCCCUGUCGAAUUAUCGAGUUGCCCCAUUUCAACCUUUCAAAAACAGCCCUCAAGCACCUGCUGCCCCACUUCGCGCUUCUCCUCACUCAGCUGACUCAUGAAUGCUCGUUCGGUGCUUACGGCAGGUACCCUGAGUCGGACGGCCUCUUCCAUAUGGAGUCUGGGGCCCCCAACCAAUUUGUCCUCAGUGGACUCCUGAUCUACUAAGGGCUCAAGUAAAUAUGUACAUACACCCCAAGUGCAGUCUAUAAGAAGGUGCUCGACUUAGAUGAUCACUGCCGUCUCCUCAACAUUACCAACACUGUUUUUCUCAACGUGAACAGGACAUCUUGCACCAUGUCGAACGAAAUUCGAGCCUCUCAGCCAAACAACAUUCUCCCUCCUUGGGAAUCCGUCAAGUUUUUGGAUAAUGACAUCACUUAUAUUGGUGGACAUAGCACGUUCAUCAAACUCAUUCGUCUCAACGUUGAGAUUCCCUUCAAUGUUACCGUCAAGGACGUUAAGGGAGCUUGUCCUGGCCUAGUUUGGUGGUUUUUCUCAGGCCUUGGGAAGCCUGUCUACCACUAUUACAAUGUGGAUAUUAUCGUUCCACCAAAACCACGGGAGAUUCUGACGAUCAAGAAAAUCUUCGGUCAGGAGGGCCUGAUUCUUACUGGGAACGAGGGUGCCCACGUUCACUUCACUGCGCUUUGGCGCACCCAGCUUUCUGCCAGCGAACACGAAAGUUUUGCGAAGACGGCGGGCUAUAAAACAUAUCUUGAUUUAAUCGCUGAUACUCAGAAGGAAAACCCCGAAGGACCCAUACCCUUCACGUUCAUUGACAACUCGCUUUCCUUCCCCCAUUCCCCUAGACCUCAGCUUAGGUACAUUUUGUCGGGUCUUGGAGUCGGAAUUAAGGGAGGCGAGACCCUUCACAACCUCAAGGGAACAUGCAGCAAGAUCGUACUCACCCAACCACCCUCUCAAGUGAUCGUACAACUCUACAUAUCUCCGAAGGAUUUUGUGAAUCCGAGACCCGAGGAAGCUCUUACGCUCACUGUGUUCGGCCAUAAUGGCCUCAGCGGUGUCAUUACGGGGAAGGAAGGUGCACACGUCGAAUUUGGUCCUCCUCUCGUAGGAGAACAUGCCACCGAAGAAGACGAGCCCGGAAAGAAACACCCUUCGCUCUUGAGAGGAUCUGUGUUCAAAGAAAAUACAUUGCAUGUUCGCUACAGUGGUGGGAGGGUUGACAUUCCUGAGCUCAAGAUUCCGUUCUUCAGCAGCGAUGACGUAUCUUUCUACAACAUCUCGGGGACCAUUUUCAAGUUGGUUACUUUUGAUCAUGGGGAUAAUUCAGUUUGGCUCGCCGAAGGCUAUGUGAUUUGGGAUGAAGGUGCUACUAUCGAGAUUAUCGGUCCUCUCACUACCACCACUGACAGCGUUAUUACCUUCGCCACCCACAAGGAUGGCCAGAUUAAGCAGAAGCAGAUCUUCAAGCGCGUGCACCUUCCUUCCCAUGAGAAAGCCACCCUUGCGCAGCUCGCUGGAUAUAAGUCGUGGGAAGCAUACGUUGCAUCUCGCAAGCAGUGAAGAUUUCGCCGGGGCUCAGCCAGAAUUGAAGUGUCCAAAUGGAAUCUAGGGGGACGAAGCUACUUUCCUGAUAUCCGUUGAUCUCCUUACUUUCUUGUAACAUCAUGAUUCGAGAUGUGGAAUGUUUUGUUAAAAAUCCCUCUUCUGUAGUAUAUCGGCCGGGUUUGUCAUUGUCCUAAAUCUACCCUGUUAACCAAAUGAUUGGUUCGUUCUCGUGUAUGUACGUUUACACCAGCUGACGUCCUGUGGAAUGCCAUCACUCAGUUGGUCAUGUCCAUCAACAAUCCGGAAAAUGCUUUAUCUAGUUGGG